AAUAUUUACGUGUCAGUGUCACAAAACUGGUUCUUUUCCCCCUUUUCAAGACAACAUCAUCCUUCGGUCUUCCUCCUCCGCCUUCCGCCUUCCAAAUUACAGGUCGCCGGUCAGAAUACUUUUCGUUUGUUUUGGCCUGAAACCUGAAGCAACAAAUGUCUAUGAAGAAGGUGCAAUCGAGAGACUGCAACUUGUGAUUCCUGAGAAAGACAAAUGACAAGCCGCUUCUGUAAUAUAGUUUUGCAAGCACCAGCCAGCUCAUUGCGUUUUUAUAUCUCAACCAACCCUACAAAAUUCCAUUAUUCAAAUUGUCUCUCAUCAUCAGGAUCCCAGAAAAGAUGUCUUGGGUCUAUUAGCUUCAACCUGAAGAAUACCUGCCGCUCAUUAACGCUUACAACUGCAGCCAUGUGCUGUGAUAUUUCUUUUUGCUCCCAAAAUGUGAAUAUGAGGCUUUUCUUGCCCACUCAGUCAAAGGUUCCGGAAAACAGCUGCAAAUUUGGGCGUUAUUCUGGACAACGACAUCAUACAUCUGUUGGUUUAUUUAUUGGAUUUUUAGUCUGCUGUUCUGCCUCUGAACCAGUACAUGCUGAAGCAUCAGGAGAAAGUAGGGGAAAUAGCUCAACCACUGGCUAUUCACAUGGAAAAAAGGUCUAUAAUGACUAUUCUGUAAUUGGUAUACCUGGAGAUGGGAGAUGUUUAUUUCGUUCUGUUGCUCAUGGUGCUUGUCUAAGGUCAGGGAAGCCCCCUCCUGAUGAGAACCUACAGAGGCAAUUAGCGGAUGAAUUGCGGACCCGAGUGGCAGAUGAAUUUAUAAAGAGGCAAGAGGAGACAGAAUGGUUCAUCGAAGGUGAUUUUAACACAUAUGUUGCUCAAAUAAGGAAAUGUCAUGUGUGGGGAGGUGAACCAGAACUUUUGAUGGCAUCUCAUGUUCUCCAGAUGCCAAUUACUGUUUACAUGUAUGACGAAGACGCAAGUGGCCUGAUUUCUAUUGCUGAAUAUGGGCAAGAAUAUGGCAAGGAAAAUCCUAUUAAGGUUCUGUAUCAUGGAUUUGGUCAUUAUGAUGCAUUGCACAUUCCUGGGAAGAAAGGACCAAAAUCAAAACUUUAAACUGCAUUUUGAUUAUAAAGGUUUAUCAUGGAGGAGAAGAGACUAUGCACAGGCUUUUGAGCCAUGUUAUUAUUUAGAAUGUAACUAGGCUGAAUGUGAAUAGUAAGAGAUGGGUUCUGAAUAAGUGAUCUCUUGGAGUUUCCAGGGGUUGGGUUCUUUCCCUGAUGAAUCAUGUAAUCUUUACCAUCUUUCCUCCAUUUAUCUGUCAAGUCGAGUUCUGAAGUAAUUGUUUGAUGAUGAUUGCAAGGUGAAUGUACCCUUUUCUUUUUCUCAGGAUAGAAAUAAUUUGUUAACA